GGAGGAGGAGGGGAGGAAGAAGCCCCUGCCCUUACAAAAGCUCCCCGGCCGAGGAGUGGCGUGUGUGUCCUGCGGGGGGGUAGCCAUGCCCCUGAGGAAGCCCGCGGGCAAGCGGCGCAGCACCGACUCGGGCGUGGAGCCCGACCGCGGGGCCCUCUCCCAGGAGAAGAAGGAUCAGCGCAUCGCGCUCUUCCUCAGCGACUUCGACCAGCAGGCCAAGGAAAAUAUCCAGGAAAUGAAGAAAGAGCUUGAUUCGCUUUUGCAAACAGCUGAGAAGGCAUUUACAGUGGAGCUGCUGAAGAUGCCAGUUGCCAUCAGGAAAAUGAAAAGAAAAGAAUUGCUUAAUUUGCGAGGAGGGGAGGAAGUAGCUCUUGCUGCUGCAGUGACUGACUGCUCUCUAGAAGAUGUACCAAAUCCAAAACUGGUAAGGACCAACAGCAAAAAAGUUAAGGUAACUACAAUUGUUGAAUAUGAAGAUGCCAAGCAUAUUUCUGCAAAGAACAUAUCUAAAAAAGUUUCCAAAACUAAGUCAUUGGUUUCAUUGGCCUCUGGUUCAAAUAGCAAACUGAACCCUCUUUCUAGGUCUGGUCACUCUUCUGCAAGUGUGACUGAGGCUGUUAAGUCCCUUGCUUCUGAUGGCAGUGCCACAAAUUUCAAAGCCAUUCCAAAGGUAUCUAAAAGUGUUGGACUACAACAGACUGUCUCAAGAACUGUACCUACCAGUGGAAGAGUUCAAGGCAUGUUACUAAGAAGUAAAUCAGUACCCCAAGAUAAAACUGUUCCAUUUGUAAACAUUCCCCUGGCUGAUGGACAGACACUCUGUAUGGCUGGUGGAGACCUCCAUAAUAUUGAUGUGCAACUACUCAAUCAAGAUACAGUACAGCACAUUCAUAACUUAGUGAGUGAGCUGUCUGCACUAUGUGGAAAGGCAACAGCUAAACAGUGUUAAUGGAACUGCCUCGUGACUACAGAAUAUUCAUGACAGCCCUUGCUUGCUGCCUCUGAAGUGAGAAUGUCUAUAAUGUCUCAAUAAAGCUGUAUACUGCCCAGUAAAUGUUUUUAUA